AUGGCGGGGGUGGCGAGGAUGUCACAAUAUGGCGGGGGUGGCGAGGAUGUCACAAUAUGGCGGGGGUGGCGAGGAUGUCACAAUAUGGCGGGGGUGGCGAGGAUGUCACAAUAUGGCGGGGGUGGCGAGGAUGUCACAAUAUGGCGGGGGUGGCGAGGAUGUCACAAUAUGGCGGGGGUGGCGAGGAUGUCACAAUAUGGCGGGGGUGGCGAGGAUGUCACAAUAUGGCGGGGGUGGCGAGGAUGCCACAAUAUGGCGGGGGUGGCGAGGAUGUCACAAUAUGGCGGGGGUGGCGAGGAUGUCACGAUAUGGCGGGGGUGGCGAGGAUGUCACAAUAUGGCGGGGGUGGCGAGGAUGUCACAAUAUGGCGGGGGUGGCGAGGAUGUCACAAUAUGGCGGGGGUGGCGAGGAUGUCACAAUAUGGCGGGGGUGGCGAGGAUGUCACAAUAUGGCGGGGGUGGCGAGGAUGUCACAAUAUGGCGGGGGUGGCGAGGAUGUCACAAUAUGGCGGGGGUGGCGAGGAUGUCACAAUAUGGCGGGGGUGGCGAGGAUGUCACGAUAUGGCGGGGGUGGCGAGGAUGUCAUGAUAUGGCGGGGGUGGCGAGGAUGUCACAAUAUGGCGGGGGUGGCGAGGAUGUCACAAUAUGGCGGGGGUGGCGAGGAUGUCACAAUAUGGCGGGGGUGGCGAGGAUGUCACAAUAUGGCGGGGGUGGCGAGGAUGUCACAAUAUGGCGGGGGUGGCGAGGAUGUCACAAUAUGGCGGGGGUGGCGAGGAUGUCACAAUAUGGCGGGGGUGGCGAGGAUGUCACAAUAUGGCGGGGGUGGCGAGGAUGUCACAAUAUGGCGGGGGUGGCGAGGAUGUCACAAUAUGGCGGGGGUGGCGAGGAUGUCACAAUAUGGCGGGGGUGGCGAGGAUGUCACAAUAUGGCGGGGGUGGCGAGGAUGUCACAAUAUGGCGGGGGUGGCGAGGAUGUCACAAUAUGGCGGGGGUGGCGAGGAUGUCACAAUAUGGCGGGGGUGGCGAGGAUGUCACAAUAUGGCGGGGGUGGCGAGGAUGUCACAAUAUGGCGGGGGUGGCGAGGAUGUCACAAUAUGGCGGGGGUGGCGAGGAUGUCACAAUAUGGCGGGGGUGGCGAGGAUGUCACAAUAUAA